AUGGAGGCUAAAUCACCAUCAAAAGAGAGCUUGUCAUCGUCUCCGUUGCCCGCAAUCAAAGCAUCGAUGAGCAAAUUCCGCGCAGAGUUUGAGCUGAUGCUGGCGUUUAUCUUCUUUUCAAUUUUGGGAAACUACUCAAGGAUGGGUCUCAUCCAACUUACCAACUAUUCGGGUGCAUACGUACGGGGCCCUACAGUGCUCUGGGCUAACAUCGGAGCCUGUUUUGUCAUGGGUUUGAUGCAGGAAAUGAAAAUAUUCAAGCUUUUUUCGCCCCUGCUUUUCACCGCUCUAACCACCGCAUACUGCGGGAGUGUCUCGUCGUUUUCGAGUUUGAUGAUCGAGCUUUUUACAAACGCUGCAAAUGUUUCUUCGGCCCGUGUUCCGUCAGGAUUGCCUAAUCGUGCAUACGGUAUUAUGCAGUUUCUUGCGGUCCUACUGACACAGCUGCUGACCUCUAUUAGUAGCCAUGUUUUUGGACUUUUGGUGGCCAGAGAGUUUGCACCAUACUUCUUGGACGAAGACGAGGAAAAGACACCACCAGCUGUCAAUCGUAUUCGCAAUAUCACCGAUGCCAUCACCAAAAUUGUUUUAGUACUCUCAGUUCCGGUGUUGAUUGUGCAAAUCGUCCUGGCCGGUGUCUACGAUAACUUCUCCCGUUCUUGGACACUGUCUGCCAUUUUCGCCUUCCCAGGUGCCGUGCUGCGGUAUUUUCUGUCGAAACAGCUCAACCACCGCAUCAAGCACUUCCCCAUGGGUACUUUUGCGGCCAAUGUCCUUGGAACUCUAGUACUAGCGGUGAUUACGCUCGUCACCAAGGGGAAACGUUCUGAUGAUUCAGCUAUAAUUCAUUCCAAAACUGCGGAAACCGUGGUGAUAGCGCUUGGGAAUGGAUUCUGCGGUGGUCUGACCACAGUGAGUACCUUUAUCAACGAAUGUCAGAUUCUGCCGUUCCGUCGAACAAUGAUAUACUAUUUUGUCUCGAUAUUCGUGUCGUUCAGCCUUGUCGUUGUGAUACUGGGUUCUUAUACCUGGACUAAAGGUCUCCAAGCUUAA